AUGGCCAGCGAGCCCGGGCUGGUUGCCGCCCGCUCCUUCUCGACUGCCAUUCCUCUGCGCUCCAAGGUUGCCGUUCUCGGCGCCGCCGGCGGCAUCGGCCAGCCCCUGUCGCUGCUGCUCAAGACCAACCCGCGCGUGACUGAGCUCGGCCUGUACGAUAUCGUGAACACGCCGGGAGUUGCUGCCGACAUCGGCCACAUCAACACCCUGUCGAACGUCGCUGGCUACACCGCUAAGGACAAGGACGGCCUGAAGAAGGCUCUGCAGGGCGCUGAGCUCGUUGUCAUUCCGGCCGGUGUGCCCCGCAAGCCCGGCAUGACCCGCGACGACCUGUUCAACACCAACGCUGGUAUUGUGCGCGAUCUGGCCCAGGCCUGCGCCGAGGUCUGCCCCAAGGCCAAGCUCCUCAUCAUCUCCAACCCCGUCAACUCGACCGUGCCUAUUGCCACCGAAGGUCUUCAAGAAGGCCGCAUCUUCGGCGUCACCAGCCUCGAUCUGGUCCGUGCCUCGCGCUUCAUUGGCGCCAAGCUCGACAAGGUCGUCGAUGUGCCCGUCGUUGGCGGCCAUGCCGGCAUCACCAUCAUCCCGCUGUUCUCGCAGGUCGAGGGUCUGAAGCUCACCGAGGAGGAGCGUGCUGCCCUGACCCACCGCGUGCAGUUUGGCGGUGACGAGGUCGUCAAGGCCAAGGACGGUCUGGGCUCGGCUACCCUGUCGAUGGCCUUCGCUGGCGCUCGCUUCGCCGACUCGCUGCUGCGCGCCGAUGCCGGUGAGGAGGUCCUCGAGUGGGCGUUCGUCAAGAACGACCUGUUCAAGAAGGAGGGCAUUGAGUACUUCUCGACCUACGUCAAGCUUGACAAGAACGGUGUCAAGGAGGUCCUGCCCCUGCCUGAGAACAUCUCCGAGUACGAGAAGGAGCUCGUCAAGGCCGCCAUCCCCGAGCUGCUCAAGACCCAGACCAAGGGUGAGCAGUUUGUCAACGGCAAGCAGUAAGCAGUUCUGAUCGUGGUUUUCCCCGUGCCAUUUAUGUUAAAAUACAAAAGGUUCAACUCUC